AUGGAAGAAAAUCAAUUUAAAAUUACUGACGCGAACCCAACGGGCCAAAAAGUAAAGGCAGCUAAGCGUGUAGCUGAUUCGGGAGAGUCGUCGCUUUACGAGAUCCACCAUCCAUGGAACAAGCUCCAGGACAUCUUCGCGCAGCUCGGGAGCCAAUCCACGAUCGAGCUCCCUCAGGUCGCCGUCGUCGGAAGCCAGAGCAGCGGCAAGUCAAGUGUCCUCGAGGCGCUCGUGGGCCGCGAUUUCCUCCCCAGGGGUUCCGACAUCUGCACGCGCCGCCCUCUCGUUCUCCAGCUCCUCCAGACCAAGCGCAGCGCCGACGGGACCGACGACGAGUACGGCGAGUUCCUCCACUUGCCUGGCAAGCGCUUCUACGAUUUCUCCGAUAUUCGGAGGGAAAUUCAGGCUGAGACAGAUAGGGAAGCGGGAGGAAAUAAAGGUGUAUCAGACAAGCAAAUUCGCUUGAAGAUAUUUUCACCAAAUGUUCUAGACAUCACGCUGGUGGAUCUGCCUGGUAUAACAAAAGUUCCUGUUGGUGACCAGCCGUCUGAUAUUGAAGCAAGAAUUAGAACGAUGAUCAUGUCUUAUAUCAAAGUCCCUAGCUGUUUAAUUUUGGCUGUUACACCAGCAAAUUCUGAUUUAGCAAACUCAGAUGCUCUUCAGAUUGCAGGAAAUGCCGAUCCUGAUGGUUUGAGAACUAUAGGAGUAAUCACAAAGUUGGAUAUAAUGGACAGAGGUACUGAUGCCCGCAAUUUGUUGCUUGGAAAAGUGAUUCCUCUGAAACUUGGUUAUGUGGGGGUUGUAAAUCGUAGUCAGGAGGAUAUUAUGCUCAACAGGGGUAUUAAGGACGCACUUAUAGCUGAAGAAAAGUUUUUCCGCAGCCGUCCUGUAUACAAUGGGCUAGCUGAUCGUUGUGGUGUCCCUCAAUUAGCCAAGAAAUUGAACCAGAUUUUAGUGCAACAUAUUAAGGCAGUACUCCCCGGCCUCAAGUCACGUAUUAGCUCUGCAUUGGUUUCUGUUGCUAAAGAGCAUGCCAGUUAUGGAGAAAUAACCGAAAAUAAGGCUGCUCAGGGAGCUCUUCUCCUGAACAUUCUUUCCAAGUAUUCUGAAGCAUUUUCUUCGAUGGUGGAGGGGAAAAACGAAGAGAUGUCAACAUCUGAGCUGUCGGGUGGAGCAAGAAUUCACUAUAUAUUUCAGUCAAUUUUUGUUAAAAGUUUAGAGGAGGUGGAUCCAUGUGAGGACUUGACAGAUGAUGACAUUCGAACUGCCAUUCAGAAUGCAACUGGCCCUAAGUCUGCAUUGUUUGUGCCAGAAGUUCCUUUUGAGGUUCUUAUUAGGAGGCAAAUCGCUCGUCUCUUAGACCCAAGUCUUCAGUGUGCUAGGUUUAUAUAUGACGAGUUGAUAAAGAUUAGUCAUCACUGCCUAGUGAAUGAGUUGCAGCGCUUCCCUGUUUUGAGAAAGCGGAUGGACGAAGUUAUAGGAAACUUCUUGCGAGAAGGUCUAGAGCCUUCGGAGACAAUGAUUGGACACAUAAUUGAGAUGGAGAUGGACUACAUAAACACUUCACAUCCAAACUUUGUUGGUGGGAGUAAGGCUGUCGAGAUUGCCUUGCAACAAGUCAAGUCCUCUCGUGUUCCUCUGGCUAUCUCGAGGCAGAAGGAUGCUGUGGAACCUGAUAAGGCUCCAACAUCUGAAAGAAGUCUGAAAUCUCGAGCAAUUCUUGCCAGACAAGUAAAUGGAAUUGUGGCUGAUCAGGGUGUUCGGCCUGUCCCUGAUGGUGAAAAAGUUGCAUCAUCUGGAAGCACUAGCAGUUCGAAUUGGGGGAUUUCUUCGAUUUUUGGUGGAGGUGAGAGCCGCACAACUGUUAAAGAGAGCCCAAUGAACAAAACUUACAAUGAACCUAUUCACACCAUGGACCAAGCCUUCUCUAUGAUACAAUUAAGGGAGCCCCCAACCGUCUUGAGGCCUUCAGAAAACCAUUCAGAGCAGGAGUCUAUCGAAAUUGCAGUCACCAAACUGCUCUUGAGAUCAUACUACGACAUCGUUAGAAAGAAUAUAGAAGACUCCGUACCUAAAGCAAUCAUGCAUUUCUUGGUAAACCAUACAAAGCGUGAGCUGCACAAUGUCUUCAUUAAAAAGCUUUACAGAGAGAAUCUGCUUGAAGAAAUGCUGGCAGAACCUGAAGAGAUAGCAUCUAAGAGAAAACGCACUCGCGAUACACUCCGGGUUCUUCAGCAGGCUUUUCGGACGUUGGAUGAGUUGCCUUUGGAAGCCGAAUCAGUUGAAAAGGGUUACAGCUUGGGAGGUGAUGCAACAGGGUUGCCGAAGAUCCAUGGACUACCUACAUCAUCAAUGUAUUCUACUAGCAGUUCUAAUGAUUCUUAUACAGCAUCUCCUAAGAACCCAAAGUCCCGAAAGUCAUCUCACUCCGGGGAGCUUCACUCACCCUUUUAUGGUGUUGCAGAUUCUAAUGGCGGUGGACGCAAUUACAUGACAGGUCUCUAUCCAUCUGUUGAUCCAUAAGCCACUGAAUGCAUAGCCAGGAAGCCCUGCGUGACAGCAUUAAGCAUUACAUUUAUUCAAUUGCUCUUUGCAGCUUAGGAGGUGAUUCGAAUCUCGCUAUUCUGAGUGGUUUGUUGGGAAGUUAAUAUAUUCUUCCAACUAGAUUUGUGCAAGGCAAGAAUCAAGAUAGUUGUUUCUCUUCCUUUUGUUCCUUCCAUAUAAUAGAGGCCGAUUAUUAUAUUUUUUAACUAGGCUCCGAGAAGAAUAACAGGGAGCAGAUAACCCCUUCCUCUUUAUCUUAUCAUGUCUUCUCAAAAACAGAUGCUCUUCAGAUGCAAUAUUUUUUGAAUUUUUUUUCCCCUGCCCUGAUUGUUAAGGGCUCAAUUUGUUUUGUGUUCAGCUAUUAUGCAAAGCAGCAAAGAGUACCAAAGUGUGCCUUUGUCGAAUUUUACGAUAAA